GAGAUGUCUGAUGGUUAGCGGUUAGUUCGUAUGGCAUUGGACCUUGAAUACUUUGGCUUAUCUAAUCGUACUUGGAGUUGUUUACCUUAUCACAUAGUAAGACAUAUAUACAGUUAUUUGGGCAAUGAAAGCAUCAAAGUAUCUGCCGUAUGUAGGCAUUGGCGUGAUGUUGCAUACACCUGUAGAACUUUAUGGGGAAAACUACGCGUACGACCUUCCAGUUUUCCCAACUUUGAAGCUUUCAAGAAUCCAAUCUUGCCUUUGCAGAUAUGCUCGGAAAUACAACUCGAAUUUGAUCCCACAAAUGAGUUACACGCAGGUGUUUUGGAAGCCACCUUGAAUUCUCUGUGUUCAAACAUCAGGAUACAUUCCAUAUCACUACGACCUAUUAUGUGUGCGCCAUACGAUAAAUAUGCAGCAUAUAAAUUGGACACAUCUUUCAGCAGGAUAAUAACAGCCUUAUGUGAAGUGAUUGUGAACGCCAGGUGUUUAAAGUAUUUUUAUUGGGGUGGAAGUUUUUGUAAUAACAACGAAGUCAACUACGUGUUGCAAUUAUUGACAACAAAUCAGAAGCAUAAUUUAUUAUCAUUACAAAUUAUCAGAUUACUUCAGAUGAAUCAAUCCAUGGCAUAUUGCGAUUCAAAACUAUUUCUAUUUUACAACCUCAGCCAAUUUUCUACUAACUACCUAGAUCUUUCGGAGGAUAUACUUUUAGUUUUAACAAGAAAUUCAAAUCAACUUCGCAUUUUAAAACUUUUUGUACAAAGCAGUGUUCAAGAUCUUCCUUUAAUUCGAAACCAAAUUUGGAGAAAUGUACAUGAAAUACUUCCUAAUUUCCGUGUGAAUUUAUUCCUAAUUUGUGUAAAAGAUCUCAAACAACUAGUCCAAUCAAAUUUACCUAACGAACACACGUCUUUCAUUUCAAAUACUAAUGAAGAACUUAAUGAUCCGUUGUCAUCAAAUUCUUCAAUGGUAGCAUCUUAUUCCAUCACUAAUGCACCACCUUUGUCAUCUUCAUCACAUAUACCAGUUCCACAAGAACAGGAAUAUGAACAUCUACAUCAAAAUCAUCAUCCACAUGUUGAACAAGAACAGAUGUAUGAAUUGCUUUCAACCAAACUUUUGCCUUCUGCUUUGCCUUUGGAUUCAAUUUCUAUCUACUAUUGUAAACCAGAUCCGUUAUCCUAUCUUAUACAGUACUUAAUGGAUACAUUUUCUACAAGUUUACGGCAUUUCUACCUAAUUGAUACUUUCAAUACAAUAUCUGUGAUGUCAAAUAAUUCUGGUAAUACUUUAUAUAAUAUUUCUGAAUACCCAAAUGACAGUAUUACUAAGAAUACCAAUAAUGUAAUUAGAUUCAUAGCUAACACGCCAACAACGACAACACUAGGUGCUACACCUCUUGAUACUGCUAUUGAUUAUGAUAAUUACGACUGUAUUGACUCUGACUAUCAGUCAAUGUUCAGUUCCCAUUCAUCAUAUCAUUCACUAUUAUUGGAUAGUACAAGUGAUUUCGAUAUAUUAAGCUGUGAUUCUUCAUAUGAUUUGUUUGAUUGUGAAGAGAAUAGCAUUAAUAGUAAUAGUUAUUACUCAGGUAAUUUAUUACUACCUGUCUCGACUAAUCUACCUUUACCUUCAUCAUCACGAUUAUCUUCAUCAAUACCGGUAUCAGGGUGGCCUACAUCACCAGAACGACAACUACAUCAACUAUCAGCAUCAUCUAAUAAGUUGAUUAGUCAAACUGGAUACUCUAUGAAUUCAGUGAUUGAUUCAACAGAAGAAAAAACGUGUUCAAGUGCAACAGAAUCAACCAUGUACAAAGAUAUUAAUAUCAAAAAACGCGAUGAUGAUGUUACUGAUGUAUCUAUCCCUGUAACCAGAUCUUAUUCUUAUUCAAAUGACGUUAUGGAUACAAGUAAAACAAACAUUAAUAAUUGUGAUAAUUUACUUUACCACGCUUGUUACUCGAAAUUUUGUGAGGUUCCACAAUCGCCAACUCCAUCUUCAUCAUCCUCACCACCAUCAAAUCUUAUUUUUUAUUCUCCGAACAUGUACAAAACACUGGAUGAUGUCAACCCUGAUCCAUUUGUUAUGCUUGCAUGGCGAUGUCAACAGUUAUCACACUUUACACUUAUUGGUUAUUGGUUUAAUAUUGUGGAUAUGAAGGCUUUCACAGCACUACGUGGUACAUCACUCAAAUCUUUUAAUAUUCCACGUUGUUGUAUUGCUAUUGAUGAUCAGUCUUGGUCGUUUAAUUUAGACGAGAAUUUCAACGAAUGCAAAAUUAGUAUUUGGAUGAACUUUGUCGAAGGUAUCAAACAACUUUGACGAAUAAUUCUUAUCAUGACAAACAAUGAAAGUAUCAUCGAUACAUCCAUGGUAUUAUGUCGUUUCCCUUAUCUCAAAGAUGUCACGCAGUUUGGGUUACAAAUGGACGCCAUUACACGAUUUAGACCUUCCUUCAGGUGUUUGGAAUCAUCGACCACCUGAUGCCAAUACGUGUUUUUAUGAAAUCCAAGAUUCCUGUGGUUUAGAUAAUGUUAUAUACAAAUGAAUAUAUUUUUAACGUAUACUACCACGAUUAUUAUUAUUAUUAUUAUUGCUGUUGCUUUAUUGCAGAACCAAAUAUCUCACAAAUUUUUCGAAAUUCACUUAUAUUGUUCUAAUGACAUUUAAGAUGUCCUGGUUUGCAUUUGCUAAUAACGUUUCAUUUUUUGUUUUAACUCUUUCAUCAAUUAAUAUCUUGUUUCGAAGGUAUCUACUGUUUAUUGGCUGGUUAAAUUGCGGUAUCCUUGCACUUUCGUUUCUUGUGAUAAUUGUCCUUUGUUUCUCUUCACCUGUUUUCGUUGGUGUUUUUUUCCACUUUCUCCUCUAUAUACCUUAUAUCGGUAUGAAUCGUCAUUACGUGUAACAAUGGAGAUUUGCUUUAAUAAUUCUUUGAACAGAAUUCGUUCAUCUGUUCAUCUUUCUAUCGAUGCACUCUUGUUCAAUUCGUUAAUUAAUAAUAGUCUUGUUUUUGUAUAUCACUUUAUUCUGUCUUUCCCUUUCUUAUUGCUUGUCUGUUUUUAUGCAUCUUAUAUCAUUGUCGUCGUUUUCGUUGUUGUAACUCUUUGAGUUGUUUAUCGCCAUCGCUUCUUCAUCAGCGUAUAUUUAUCUCUACCUUGUCUAUCCAUGUGCUCAUAUGUUAUUUGCUUCUAUUUACAGUACUUGAGAAAUUGAUCUCUUUAUUGGUAAAAGGACCAAAAACAAGUCCAGUGUAGUUGUAGUGUUAGAAGAUAAAUUUUUGUAAUAACUUAUUGUUAAAUAAAAGUAUUCUAUCUUUUUGUCUU